UUGUAGUUGUAUCAACCCGUAUCAUUGUAAUAGAAUAGGUGGUAACCAAUCAGAUGUAUUUAACAAGAUUUACGAGGGAUUUUCAUUGGUCAAAAUUCUUCCUGUAUCAUGCCUCUCCACUCCAGUCUCCAGUUUUUCUGAAAAUGUGAGUUGACUCGUUGCACGUCAACUCACCCGAUUCUGAGUGUGUGAAACAGAGGUCCGAGUGGUCCACCCACCUCCACGAACGACAGACGGAACUGACACUGGCAGCUCGCAGGCAGAGAAGAGACGAACGCUGACAAGCACCCCAAACCUUUUCACCUUUGGAAAUUAAAAAAUGAUUCUUGUAGUACGUGACUGUGAAACUGUGAAUCGAAUCUUUGAUAAGAUGGAAAGAAAACCAGCCCCCCGUGACCGUGAGUAGACAAUGGUGAUGACUGAUGAGUGGUGAGGAUAAUAGCUAGCAAAUAGCAACUACACAUAUAUAUGUAAGGAAGAAUAUACAGAACGAACCCAAGCAGUAAAGUAUCCCCACUUUCGGCUCUGCUUUCUGUCUUUGGCUUGGCUUUAAUUUGUUGAAAAAGAUUCUCAAUCGCCAUCUUCCUCAUUUUCUCUCCUCACUUCUUCUUCUUCUUCUUCUUCUUCUUCUUCAUUAUCUACAUACAUGCUUCCAGAAGACAGAAGAGGAAUAUGGCGCCUAUGAUCUGGUUUUCUUGGUUUGUGGUGGCAUUGGUACUUCAAGUGUCUAAUUUGGCCGAGUCGAGGCGGGAAUUGACAAUAACACCACCAUUGCCAGUUCUUCCACUCCCAACAGCAGGUCAGUUGAAAUGGCAGAGGCGAGAGCUUGUCAUGUUCCUUCACUUUGGGAUGAACACCUUCACAGACUCGGAGUGGGGAACUGGGCAUGAGAAGCCAUCCAUAUUCAAUCCAACUGGAUUGGAUGCCCAUCAAUGGGUCGAUGCUGCUGCUGAUGCGGGAGUCACCCUGGUCAUACUCACAGCCAAGCACCAUGACGGCUUCUGCCUAUGGCCUUCUCGAUACACAGAGCAUUCUGUCAAGAGUAGUCCGUGGAAAGACGGACAUGGCGAUGUCGUCCAAGAACUGGUGGAUGCAGCCAAGACUAGAGCUGUAGACGUCGGGUUGUAUCUUUCGCCUUGGGAUCGACAUGAGAAGAGAUACGGGCUGGAGAGACCAUAUAAUGAAUAUUACUUGGCCCAAUUGCAGGAGCUGCUCAACAGAUAUGGGAGUGUUCAGGAGAUUUGGUUCGACGGAGCCAAAGGGCCGAAUGCGCCAAACAUGACGUACUACUUCGCGGAUUGGUUCUCCAUGGUGAAGGAAUUGCAGGGUUCAAUCAACAUUUUCUCUGAUGCUGGGCCUGAUGUCAGAUGGAUUGGAGAUGAGACGGGAUACGCGGGAAGUACGUGCUGGUCCACCAUCAACCGAACUUCUCUGAGAAUUGGAGAUGGAAGCAUUGUGGGUUAUCUGAAGACGGGAGAUCCCAGAGGAACCGACUGGGUGCCUCCUGAAUGCGACAUCUCAAUCCGAACAGGUUGGUUUUGGCACAGAACGGAACGGCCAAAAGCAUUAAGCGAGCUACUGAGUAUCUAUUACAACUCAGUGGGACGGAACUGUGUGAUGCUGCUUAAUGUACCACCCAAUUCAACUGGGCUGAUACAAGACACCGACGUCCAAAGGCUACGAGAGUUUAGAAAAGCACUUGACACCAUAUUCUCUACCAAUUUGGCUCAAGGGUGUAACGUCAAGGCCAGUAGCCAAAGAGGAGGAAAGGAUGGUGGCUUUGGACCUGAACACGUUCUUGACGAUGACCAUUUGUGGACGUACUGGGCUCCAGGAGACGAGUCCAAGAGGGAGCACUGGAUCGAAGUGAAGGCGCCAGCAGAGACAGGUUUGAGAUUCAAUGUCGUCAGGGUUCAAGAAGCAAUUGGGCUGGGGCAGAGGAUCAAAUCCCAUGAGAUUUAUGCUGAUGGGAAGCUGGUGGCCAAGGGGACGACUGUUGGUUACAAGAGGCUUCACAGGCUUGGACAGGGAGUGAUUCAUGCUCGUACUAGUGUGAUUAUCAGAAUCACAGAUGCCAGAGAAAUACCUCUGAUCUCGUCCAUUGGUCUUCAUUUUGAUCCAUUUUGGCACUCCAGAAGAGGGUUACUUACAGUGGAGUUGAAGAGCUAGCUAGCUAGCUCAAUGAGAUUGAGCCAAUAAGCUCUUGAGCUUAUGAUAUCUAUGGAUCCAACCCAAGUAACCAACUACUUUUUAUUUAAUUUCUCAGAGAUAUAGAGACAUCAUAUAGACCUAGUGGCUUUCAUACUUCUGUUGUUUAUUGGAAUAUUGUUGCAUGUCAUUUGUCACAUGUGACAAAAGUUGGAGAGCUGUCAAAGUUACAGAAGAAAUGAAGAAUACAUACAACCAUGUGAGUUUGUCCAUCAA